AUGAGUCAAAGCUCGGAAGAUAGAAAUUCGGAACUAGCAAAAUUAGUCGUUAGGCGGAAUAGAAUAAAAGAAACCUUAAAUCGGUUUGCAGAAUUCGUAGACACGUUUAAUUUGAGCCAAAUAAAGGAGCUUCAAGUCCGUACCGAAAAAAUAGAGCCACUGUUGGACCGAUUUGAAGAAAUUCAAAUAGAAAUAGAAAUUCUUGACUCUGAAGCAGAUGGCAACUUGGAGUAUGAAAGCUUCGAAUCACAAUUCUAUUCGUUGUUGGCUACGGCCAAGGGGCACAUUUCGCAAUAUCAAUUAAAGGCAGAGCACAAUCAGAGUUUAACUAAUCCGUCAUUAAUUCAAAAUAGUCAGGGUAGUAGUGGGAUAGAUAACAACUCGUUCAUAGUGGGCGGGGCUAAGCUGCCGAGCUUAGGUUUACCUAAAUUUAGGGGUGAUUUUGAGAAGUGGUUGCAGUUUUUUGAGGGUUUUCAGACGCUAGUUCACAAUAAUCCAUGUUUGGAUAACAUACAAAAAUUUUAUUACUUAUUGGAUUGCCUGGAAGGCGAGGCCAGAAAAAUUUUGGAUUGUCUGGAAAUAACAAAUGACAACUACGAAGUAGCUUUAGACUUAUUGAAAAAACGAUUUCAAAAUAAACCUGUAAUUAUUAAGAACCAUAUUAAAGCCCUGGUGGAUAUGCCGAUUGUAAGUAGGGAAUCUUCCCAGUUACUAAGAAAUUUAAGUGAUUCUAUUGAAAAGCACAUUCGGGCCCUGAAAACAUUAGGAGAACCGGUAGACACAUGGGAUAGAUUGCUUAUUUUUCUAAUGAGCAAGAAAUUAGAUAUAGAAACAAAAAAGGAAUGGGAACAAAAAAGCAUAUCAGAUUUUAAAGGUGUUCCACAACUAUCUAAUUUUAUUAAUUUUUUAAACAAUAAAUGUCAUAUUUUAGAAACUGUUGAGAGUAAUACAAAGGGGACUAUUAAACAAGGUUAUAGCGGUAGUCAAAAUUCUCGUGGGGCUUACGCGGCAGUAGGAGGAUCCAAUGUAAAGUGCGAGUUUUGCAAGGGAUCACACUUUGUAUACUUUUGUCAAAAAUUGUUAGCACUUUCGGUUUCGGAGAGACUCAGGGAAAUUAAAAAACUUAAACUCUGUUUCAAUUGUUUACGAUCUAGUCAUACAGCGAGCGAAUGUCGGGCAAGUGGUUGUAAAAGGUGUCGGGGUCGGCAUAAUAGCUUAUUACAUCUAGAAAAGCAAAUAAAUCAAAAUUUUGGGAACGGACGGUUAGUGAAUAAAGAUAUAGAGUCAGGGAGAAAAAACAAACCGGAAGAAGCGGACACGGUACAUGCGUGUGUAGACGGGGUGGAAGCAACAGAGGAGCAGUUCGUAGCUGCAACUUCUUACAGUAAUCCAAAAGAGGCUAGUCAAACUAUUUUGUCUACUGCGCUUAUUUACAUAAAAGAUAAUAAAGAUAACUAUGUAAAGUGCAGAGCGUUGUUAGACAGUGGCUCUCAAAUGAAUUUUAUUUCUAGUGAGUUGGUAAGAAAACUAAAAUUAAAGACAAAUACAAUAGAUAUACCUAUUUCAGGAGUUAAUCAAAUGCUUACCAAAAUCGACAGUCAAACAGAAUCUAUUAUCAAAUCAUGUUAUAAUAACUUUACAGCAACUCUGUCUUUUCUGGUUCUAAAAAAUAUCACAUAUAAUAUUCCGGUACAAUCUUUUGAGGCGUCAGCUAUAAAUAUACCGUCUAAUUUAAAAUUAGCGGACCCAGAGUUUAACAUGUCGGCAAAAAUAGAUGUUUUAAUAGGGGCUGACUUAUUUUUUAACUUACUCUGUGUAGGGCAAAUUAGGUUAGGUAUGGGGAAACCGCUGUUACAAAAAAGCGUUUUCGGUUGGAUCAUAUCAGGACGUUUAGUUCAUGAUAAAUCAAGCACAGCUGCUCAGUCGUUUAUUUGUUAG